AGGCCGCUUCAGGGAGAGCAAAUCAGGUGGAAGCUGAGCAGGAAAGCUGAAGAUGGCGGCUGAGAGAGGAAUAGUGGGCAAUAUCGGAUGCCUCUUUAGUUACGAUUACAACAAUUGCUGUGAAAGAAAGGUGGAGUUGUUCGGGUAUGGGAAUGCGACACAUCACUGACUCGGGGGUCUGACUGCGUAUGGUACCGAGACUUGGGAUUGUUUAUUAGCUUGAAUGAACGAUUUUUCACAGGGGCGAAAAGCUCCCAGCCUUCAUGUCUUGGUUUUCUAGUGCGGCUGGACUGGAAACAACGCACAAGAGGGAGCGCAAACUGUUAAUGUGUCGCUGGGACGAAUUCCAUUUGUCGGAGCCGGGAAAUUAAAGGCAUUAACUUCAUCCACCGGACUGUCGAGUGGGAAUUAAUUCCUAAUCAUGUAUUUUUUAACUGGCUGGCCCCGGAGGCUGCUCUGCCCUCUCAGAAGUGAGGAAGAGCCUUUUCACAUCCAGCCGAGUUCCCAAAGGUUUUACUUCUCUGUGCUUUCACAGACUCAACUAAGCAUCUGGUUCAGUCGGCCCAGUGUUCUAAUAGUGAGCUAUAUAGAGUCAGAGAGGGCAGCUUCACAAUUUGGGUCCUACCAGCGGGCAGAAUGGAAACCAGACGACACCAUGAUAGCAGUGGCGACUGCAAAUGGAUACAUCUUGCUCUUUGAAGUUGUGGGUAAUGGAGAGGACAAAUACCUGUAUGAGCCUGUGUAUCCCAAAGGAAGUCCUCGUGUGAAGGUCACCCCUGGCUACAAAGAGGAACAGUGUGCUCCUGCUCUGAGCUUGGAGAUGAAAAGGCCUGUAGACUUGGAAGCUCCUAUCACAAGUUUUCAGUCCAUGCAGGAGGACCUAGUUGUGGCCACAGCUGAUGGUCUUCUUCAUAUCCUUCACUGGGAAGGUGUGACCAAUGGCAGAAAGGCUAUUAACCUCUGUACCAUCCCUUUCUCAGUAGAUCUCCAAUCCUCGCGAGGAGGUCCUUCUCUGGAUUUGGAAGGUGUCCACAUUCGGGAUAUGGAGUAUUGCAUGACACUCGAUGGCUUUGCAGUUGUCUUUGAAGAUGGUCGUCUAGGCUUCAUCACUCCAGUGGCAAACAGAUUUACUGCAGAUCAGCUACAGGGUGUGUGGGCGCCCGAUGUUGUAGAUGGCACAUGUGUGGCAGUGAAUAACAAGUACAGGCUAAUGGCCUUUGGAUGCGCAAGUGGCUCUGUUUUAGUUUACACGAUAGACAGCACCACAGCAUCAAUGCAGCUCUCACACAAACUUGAGUUAACUCCAAAACACUACCCUGACAUUUGGAACAAAACAGGGCCUGUGAAGCUGAUCCGAUGGUCACCUGACUGCAGCGUUGCCAUGGUGACAUGGGAGUGUGGAGGCCUUUCUCUGUGGAGUGUGUUUGGGGCUCACCUUAUCUGUACACUUGGGGAAGAUUUUGCCUAUCGUUCAGAUGGUACAAAAAAAGAACCCAUAAGGAUCAUCUCUAUGAGUUGGGGUGCGGAGGGGUACCACCUGUGGGUGAUCAGCAGUGAAGGCGAUCGGUCUUCAAGUAGUGAAACAGAGAAGAAAGACUGCUUAAAGCAGGGCAGCAUUCUGCAGUUUCAGUUCAUCAAGAGCGCCUUAACAGUUAACCCCUGCACAAGUAACCAGGAGCAGGUUCUGCUGCAUGGAGAAGAUCGCUUGUACCUGACGUGUGGAGAUCAUGCCCAGGCUCAUAGCACCAGUACAGAGCACAGGCUGCCCAGAGAGAUGAGCCCUCUCCACACCUCUGCUUCGGUAUCUCAGGGUUUAAGCACUUUACUGGGACACAGGCAUUGGCAUGUAGUCCAGAUUCACAGCACAUAUCUAGAGAGUAACUGGCCAAUAAGGUUUGCAGCCAUAGACACACUGGGACAGUGUGUGGCAAUAGCAGGGAGAUGUGGGUUUGCACACUAUUCCUUAUACACAAGGAAAUGGAAGCUGUUUGGAAAUAUUACCCAGGAGCAAAAUAUGAUGGUGACUGGUGGUUUAGCAUGGUGGAAGGACUUCAUUGUAAUUGCAUGUUACAACUUAAUUGACCAACAAGAAGAGCUAAGACUUUACCUGAGGUCCGCUAACCUUGACAACGCCUUUGCCAACAUAACCAAAUUGCAUUCAGAUACACUAUUGCUGAAUGUGUUCCGGAACAUGGUGAUCUUGUUUAGGGCAGAUUGUUCCAUCUGUCUCUACAGCAUUGAAAGGAAGCAAGACAGCCCAAACCCUACAGCCAGUGUUGAACUGCUUCAGGAAGUGUCAAUGUCCCGCUAUAUCCCCCAUCCUACCCUGGUGGUAUCAGUGACUCUGACAUCUGUGAGAACAGAGACAGGGAUAACACUCAAAGCUCCACAGCAGGCCUGUGUUGCUGAGAGCAUCAUGCUGAACCUGGCAGGGCAGCUGAUUAUGCUGCAGAGGGAUCGCUCAGGACCACAGGUUCGAGAGAAGGAGAAUUUACCCAGUCAAAAGAAGCUGCUUCCUUUCUGCCCUCCUGUGGUACUGGCACAGUGCGUGGAGAAUGUUUGGACCACAUGUCGUACAAAUAAGCAGAAGCGUCACCUCCUGGAGGCUCUAUGGCUGGCCUGUGGGGAGGCAGGCAUGAAGGUGUGGCUGCCCCUUUUCCCUCGGGAUCACCGCAAACCCCAUUCCUUCCUGUCGCGACGCAUCAUGCUGCCCUUUCACAUAAACAUCUACCCGCUCGCUGUGCUCUUCGAGGAUGCUCUCGUACUGGGUGCCACCAAUGAGACUGUGCUGUAUGAUGGUCUGCAGGGAGCCAGCGAGCCUCUGGAGGCUCUCUUUCCCUUCUGCACUGUGGAGCGUACCUCCCAGAUCUACCUCCAUCACAUCCUGCGACAGCUGCUGGUGCGCAACCUGGGGGAGCAGGCCCUGCUGCUCGCCCAGUCCUGUGCCAGUCUCCCCUACUUCCCACAUGUGCUGGAGCUGAUGGUGCACGUGGUGCUGGAGGAAGAGGCAACGUCACGGGAGCCCAUCCCCGACCCUCUGCUGCCCACUGUGGCCAAGUUCAUCACUGAGUUCCCCCUCUUCCUUCAGACUAUUGUGCACUGUGCCCGCAAAACCGAGUACGCCCUCUGGAAUUACCUGUUUGCCGCUGUGGGGAACCCCAAGGACCUCUUUGAAGAGUGCCUCAUGGCCCAGGACUUAGACACAGCUGCCUCUUAUCUCAUCAUCUUACAGAACAUGGAAGUUCCAGCUGUGAGCAGACAGCACGCUACCCUGCUUUUUAACACAGCCCUUGAGCAGGGGAAAUGGGAUUUGUGUCGUCACAUGAUCAGGUUUCUCAAAGCCAUUGGUUCAGGGGAGUCUGAGACACCACCCUCCACACCAACCACUCAGGAACCCAGUUCAACUGGGGGGUUCGAAUUUUUCAGGCAUCGGAGUAUCAGUCUGUCACAGUCAGCUGAGAGCCUAGGUGCUGGGAAGUUCAACCUUCAGAAGACAUUGAGCAUGCCCUCAGGGCCAUCGGCCAAGAGAUGGAGUAAAGACAGUGAGUGUGCAGAGAACAUGUACAUUGACAUGAUGCUGUGGCGCCAUGCCAGGAGGCUGCUGGAAGAAAUCAGGCUGAAGGAUCUUGGCUGUUUCUCUGCCCAGCUAGGCUUUGAGCUGAUCGGUUGGCUGUGCAAGGAGCGAACCCGUGCUGCCCGUGUUGAUGACUUCAUCACUGCCCUGAAGAGGCUCCACAAAGACUUUCUCUGGCCCUUCCCAGUUAUCCCUGCCUUCUCUAUCAACUCUCCGUUCCGAAAUGGCAGGUAUAGGACAGUGGUAGGAGAACAGUUCAUCAAGUCCCAGUCGGCAGACAGCCUUCUGAACAGUGAGAUGGACACAGCCCCACCCAGCGCUCCCCGCAGCCACAGCUGGCUGGACAGCUUGGGCCCCGAACAGAAAGAGAUGGAUACAGGCUCUUCACAUGGGGCACACACUCAGGAGGCCUUCCUCUCUCCUCUCCUCAACAAAGGUGAUGAAUGCAGUAUCGGCUCAGCCACAGACCUGACUGAGACCAGCUCCAUGGUAGAUGGGGACUGGACCAUGGUGGAUGAGAACUUCUCCACUCUCAGCCUGACCCAGUCGGAGCUGGAGCACAUCUCCAUGGAGCUGGCCAACAAAGGCCCACACAAAUCACAGGUGCAACUGAGGUACUUGCUACACAUCUUCACGGAGGCGGGCUGCUUGGAGUGGUGUGUCAUCAUCGGGCUCAUCUUGAGGGAAGCCGCUGUCAUCAACCAGGUGGUGAGCUUCCUCCAGAGCUCAGAGGUCCCAGCAGAGACUGUGCAGAAUAUCCGCAAUGGCCUGCUGGCGGUCGACACAUGGGCCACAACAGACUGCCUGGGGUACAAGCCCUUUCUCAACCUCAUCCGCCCACAGCUGCAGAAGCUGGUGGAGAUGACAGCAGAGCAGGUGCAGCCUGAAGCCUUCCAGCCAGUCAGCGUCUCCAAACUGGCAGAGCCGGCCUGCCCACGAGCAGAGGACAGCCGCAGCCCCAGCGCAGGUGGCAGCCAGCCCAGUGAAGGAGGAGUUAGUGCUAUCAGACCUGAAGAAGACAAUCCUGGGGACGAGCCUGAGGAGCCACCACUGGAGGAGGGCACCUACGACUGCACUCUGUCCUGACUGCAGCCUCAGGGUGACAACACAGCAAAUACAGCACAGCACUCCUCAGAGGAGCAAAACAACAGAGCCAGUGCAAGUUUAAGUUUCAUGUAUCGUUUUGUUUUUUUCUUCCCUUUAUGAUCUAACCUAUCAAGCCAGUUGGGGUGAAAGAUCCUUUUACCUCUUGAACACGAUUUGCAGUGGCUCUUCAAGACUGGAAGUCAGAUUUCCUGCUAAGACCAUACAUCAGCUAUACAACUUGAAAACUCUGUAGUAAGAAAUUUAGGUACAUUGUGGUAUCAGAACAAAAAAUAAGUGUAAUAAAGGGAGGACUGAAAUUGCAGAACUGAAAUUAAUUUCUCUGAGAGUAUGAAGGACUAAGAGAUCUACUAAUUUUCUGAACUUUUAUUGCUGUUCACCUACUGUAUGUCCAACUGUUGCCUGAAUGUUUUUAAUAUUCUAAACAUGGCACAAUAUUUACAUAUUGUAAACUAUUUUUUUCUGCCACAGGAAUGAUUUGUGUUAGUGUCAGUAUUAUUCUGAAGUCCAGUUGUUUAAUUUACAUCUCUUCAACCAUAGUACAUAAGUAACAUUUUCUGCCAAAGAAUGCUAGGUUAACAUUAAAAAAAUGAAAGAAUAUUUCUGAAUAACAUUUAUUAUUUACCAAUGUGGAGCUGAGGGAUAUUUGACAUACACUCAGCUGUGUGAUGUACAGUCCUCUUCUCACAAUAGUGAUGUGUAUAGCUGACUGCGGGUGCCAUUUUCAGGUUUUAUUCCUGUUGAGUGCAGUGAGAGUUCAGGAAAUUUAUUUAAUUUGUCCUGUAUUUGUGAAAUAUAGAAGUCAUUGAUGUGAACGCUGUAAGUUUGCUUUAGACUUUCACACGCAUAUAUAUACCUGUAUAUACUGUGAAAAAAAGAAUCCCUGUGUCUUCAGCAUGGUGCUGCUUUACUCAUGCCUCUGCCUUUGAUGAACUAAAAAAAAACAUGAGAUGAGGAACAUUUAGGGGGUGGGGGGGGUUGGUAGGUUUCAAAGAGGAACUUCAGUUUUUUACUUCAGUCUUGAAGUGCCACACAUAAAAGGAAAUGUAAACCAAUUUGUUCCUCUGCCUGUACAGAGCAUAUAGGCUGAGAGUUGGAAUUCUAAAGUAUUAUUCUGCUGCAAACAACCAUGAUAAUUUCCUCCAGUUGUGUAGGAUCUGGAAUGAUAAAAAGCAGUGAUUUUUAUUAGUUUUUUAAAUAUUUUUAUACCACUGUUGCUUAUAGUUUCAUGACCAUGGUGGCUUUAAGGAUGGAUAUUUGGAAAAAUAAAUGUGACAGAAGAGUA